AUGGCGGAAGUAGAAGAAUCAUCGAAAAGACAGACUCUUAUUUCUCAACAUCUCCGUCCUAUCUUGCGGCCAAACCUAACAACAGAGCCAUUGACAACACAAGCACCAUAUUCAUACUCGACUUCAGAUUCUCGAACCGCAGAACUCUGCCCUCCUCACUGGCGGCGUGCAAAGCAGAGAGGAGUACGGCACAAGCUCAAAGGUAUCCUCUUGAAGGACUUGCAAAGCUACAAAUUCAAAUCGCCACCGAGCAGCUCUCCUGACAAGAGACCGGCCAUGAUGCGGAUGAAAGACUCGGACGACUACAUUACCGCCCGUGCAGCAAACCCGCGGACCGGACUGAUAUCGCCGAGUGUGGGCACGCUAUCUUCCAGACCUCCACCAACGCCAGAAUCACCCGCUGAGGCCCUGAAAUGGAAAGACGACCACCCGCCCUCCCCCACGCCAGACGUCAAAGCCAGACCAGCCCUCAGACGAGCCUUCGAAGGCCGAAAAGGCCGCACAAAGGGCGUAGCAAAAUGGUCCAUGAACGACGACGGCUGGUCUACAAACGCCUCCGUCGCUUCACCGAGAAUCACAGCGGCCGACGCAGACACUGACCUCUGCAUCUCGAAGUCGCACCCUCACCUGGCUGACGAUGCGUUUAUGGUGCACAUGCCUUCAGCUCGGGAGCCGCAGCCGUAUGCGUAUCCGGGAUACUCGGCGAAGGAGAUCGAUGCGUUUGAGUAUUACAGGCAGAAGGCGAGGAGGGUGUCGUCUGAGGGUUAUGAUAGGAGGAUACUCAUCCGAGAUCAGAAUGUUUCUGCGUAUCCUGGAGGCAUUCAGCAGGAUCUUCAGCAUGCAAAGACAAGAGGGGCCAAAGAGAACGAAUCUCAAGCUCAAAUGUUCACGCGGACUCCAUUCGAUGCCAUCAGGACAGUCAAGACGCGGCCAGCUCAGCAGACACUGCGCACCUCGAACGACGACAUGCACUGUUUCGGCGGCGCCGAACUCCAAACAGCCUCCUUCGCUCCCUUCUCCUCCCCACGAACGCCAGCACCGCACUUCGGACCCGAGCUCACCACCGCGCUCAAAACCAUCCACAAACCAGCACCCGGGAGUCCCGUCCUCCGCAAACCACUCCCGCACGACGACCACCACACCCCACCCACAGCCGACUCCUCCCCCGACCUCCGCCACCUCCCCCUAAUCCGCCUAAUCCACCCCCUCCACGCUUCCUCCCCCCGCAACCCAGCGCAAGGGCACCGCCAAUGCUCCCUCGGCUGCGACAAGGACGCUUCCACCUCCUUGUGCGUCCCUUUUCGCUUGGCGGCGGGACACGAUGCGACCACCUCUGCUUCACCGUCCCUCUUCGCCGGUGUCGCGCAGCCGAGCGUUGGCAAGGGCGAACAAGGAGACGGCCAAGCUUCUCAGAGGGGUGUACAGGGGGUGGAGGCCGGGAGGACGUCGGUCUUGGCUGAUAUACUGAUCGCGGGGAUGAUUAUUUUGGUGCCGUUGAGGAUCAUGAAAUGGGUGUGUGUGGGUGGGUAG